AUGAAGGAGGAGGAGGAACAAGAGGAGAGGUGGUCGAAAGGACUUCCAGAACAUAUCUUGCAGUUGAUCCCACAAAGGCUAUGCAUAUUAGAUUACCAAUUGUUUCGCCAAGUAUGCCCUAAUUGGCGAGCCGCGGUUGAUAUAGGCAUCGCCACCAAGACUUGCCCUCCUGCUCCACAACUCCCAUGGCUUUUGUUCAGGGGGUCUUAUGAUUGUCUUCGUGCUUUCUACAUCAACGACCAAUACUCCUGUGUAAGAGAUCCCAAAUUCUUCCGAUCAAUUAAUAUUGCUGAUUACCCUCCUGGUCCCCCAAAUCUAGAAGAUGAGUCAUAUGAUGGUCCGCUGCCGAUCCCUACUGCUUCCAUAACUUGUCUUGGGUCAAUUGGUUCGUGGCUGAUCGUAGCUGCUCAUCAACAAUGUGAGAAUGACAACAGUACUACUAUCGUCAACUUGCUCUUGAAUCCAGUAUCUCGUGUCCGAGUGAUGCUCCCAUUGCAGUCUACCCUUAAAACCUCCUUCAGCGGCAAUACAACCAUGUUAUUCAAGAAAAUUGUAGCCUCUUCACCGCCAGCGCCAACGACAGGGCUGCAGAAGGAGGACUGUCUUUUGGCUGGUCUUGUUCAUUCAGGUAUCUUGACUUUUUGUAGGCCUAAUGAUACAUCAUGGACCCUCAUUGAUCCUGACACCACUCCCCGAUUUAGUGAUAUAGAAAUAUUUGAUGGAAAAUUAUAUGCUGUUACUAAUAGCGGAAACGAGCUGUUAAUGGUGUUUGACAUGGCCCCUGAAGAUGCCAAUGUGAGUAGGGCUAAUAGGUUCCUUAGCAUUUGCUGGAUCCCGUACCAGUAUCUUCCUGGUUCAGAAUGGGGAUACCCUUGCCUAGCAAAAGAUUCUGCAUCCAAGGAGUUGUUUAUGGUUCUUCGUCAAAGGAAUAUAGAAGAAGGAUUCAAAGUGUACAAGACCGACGGUCUGCAUGGAAGAAUGUGGGAGCCGGUUACUGACCUUGGUGAUCGGAUACUGUUUCUCAGCGACAAAAGUACUAAUGUCAUCAAUGACAAGACACUUGGAAAAAACUGCAUCUAUUUUGCUUUCACUUGUAAAGGUGGAUAUGAUGGUGGAUUUGGGGUGUAUUCCUUGAAAGAUAGCAGCAUAUAUUACACAGCUAUCUGGCCUUCCUGA